GGUGGGAGACCUCGUGUGCGUCAUCGAUAUGCCGCCUGAGGAGCUGAGCCCCCGCUGGAGAGGCAAGCACGGCUUUCAGGUUGGAUUUUUCCCUGGUGAGUGUGUGGAGCUCAUUAACGGAAAAAUCCCGGAGUCUCUCAUCAAUUCAGUGCCAAAGCCAGUGCCAAAGAAGCGUGGCAAGCUCCUCACCUUCCUUCGUUCUGUGGUGAAGGCCCGCCCAAAGCAACCGAAAGAGCGGGAGGUGGAGAAGGAAAGGGUGUUCGGCCGUGACCUGGGAGAGCAUCUUCUCCACUCUGGUCGUGAUGUCCCCCAGGUCCUCCAGAGCUGCGCCGAGUUCAUCGAGCAGCAUGGCGUGGUGCAGGGGAUAUACCGCCUGUCCGGCGUGGCGUCCAACGUCCGGAGACUGCGCCAGGAAUUUGAGUCUGAGCAGGUUCCUGAGCUAACUGUCCGCGACGUUCACAGCGCGAGCUCCCUCUGCAAAAUGUACUUCAGGGAGCUCCCGACCCCCCUGCUGACCGACCAGCUGUACGACAAGUUCUCGGAUGCUGUUGGUGCCACUACGAGGAGGAGCGUCAUCCAGCAGCUGCCCGCUCCUCACUACAGGACCCUGGCGUAUCUGAUGAGACACUUGGCCUGUCUGUCUGCGAACAGCUCUGUCACCAACAUGCACGCUAAGAACUUAGCCAUUGUGUGGGCUCCAAACCUCCUAAGAUCACAGCAGAGCGAGUCUGCCUGCGCCAGCGGGAGAGCUGCCUGCACGGAACUGCAGACGCAGGCGGCCGUGGUGGAAUUCAUCAUCGACCACACAGACGUCCUCUUCUGCUCCACAUCUGGACCUGACAUCGCAGAUGGAGCAGGGCACAGUUCUCUCUCAGGGCCCCAGUCUGUGCGGGCGUCUUCUGCUGCCACAGAGCUGCUCAGCCUGGAGGAGGCGCAGGCAUGGAGGCGAGGCCACAGCAGCUCUCCUGUCAUUGUGACAGAGAGCAGGGACAUAGAGGUGGAAGAAGGCCCCACAGCUGUACGGGGGAAAUUCCACACAGUCAUCGACUUUCCAUCUGAAAGACCAAGUCCACCCAGCAGGAUGAAGGAAUCACCAGCUGGCUGUUGGUGUUCCUGCUUCAGCCUGGGAAAACCAUCCUCCGUGGCCAAACGCCAACCGCAGCGCCGUCACAGGGAGCCCUCAGAGACAGACGUUGUAGUGCUGGCAGCGUUCCAGCCCAUACCUGACACUUUCAGUUCUCCCCUGAUCAAGAACCACUUUUGUAAUUCAGCUUGUGAGAGUUUGACACGAACCCCUGUUCAUUCUUUUGUGGGUGAUUCAAGCUCUUGUCAACCGAGCAGAGCUGGAGCAAGUAGCGAUGCUGGGCUGUGUGCUUCCAUGAAUGGAGAGCUGUUAGGAAGCACAAAUGGCUGCGGUUCAGCUGACAGCCUGCCGCAUAACAACAGUGGCGGACACGAGGAGCUCAUCCAAGUUCAAGCCCUCAUUUCUCCCAGCUCUGCUGCAGAUGCUGACCUGAGCCUGCCAGACACCACAGGCACCAGCCUGGACUGUGACCCGGUGCCUCUGCAGUGCAGCCCAGCCCAAGCGCAGCCUGAGUGCCCCGACAGCAGCACCUCUGUGCAGGAGCAGGUCAGCACCAGCGAGGAGAAGCAGAGCCUCUUGGAGGAGGACUUUAGAAUCAAGCCUCCAGUCCCAGGCACCGUGCAGCGGCUCUGA